CGGCGGCGGCGCGAGGCGCGGGGCGUGUCCCGGCCCGAAGUCAUGCUGGGCAGGUCCGGCUAUCGGGCGCUGCCUUUAGGGGAUUUUGACCGCUUCCAGCAGUCGAGCUUCGGCUUUCUGGGCUCUCAGAAGGGCUGCUUGUCCCCAGAGCAGGGCGUGGGGCCGGGGCCCGAUGCGCCUCAGAGCUGGCCCUCUUGCCUCUGCCAUGGCCUCAUCAGUUUCCUGGGGUUCCUGCUGCUGGUGGUCACCUUCCCCAUCUCUGGCUGGUUUGCUCUAAAGAUCGUGCCCACCUACGAGCGGAUGAUUGUGUUCCGACUAGGCCGGAUCCGUGCUCCCCAGGGGCCUGGCAUGGUUCUACUCCUGCCCUUCAUCGACUCCUUUCAGAGGGUGGAUCUGAGGACUCGAGCCUUCAGUGUUCCUCCCUGCAAGUUAGCCUCCAAGGAUGGGGCUGUGUUGUCCGUGGGAGCUGAUGUCCAGUUCCGCAUUUGGGACCCAGUGCUGUCGGUGAUGGCUGUGAAGGACCUGAACACGGCCACGCGCAUGACAGCCCUCAACGCCAUGACCAAGGCCCUGCUCAAGAGACCACUGCGGGAGAUCCAGACAGAGAAGCUCAAGGUCGGCGACCAGCUCCUGCUGGAGAUCAAUGAUGUGACCAGGGCCUGGGGACUGGAGGUCGACCGUGUGGAGCUGGCGGUAGAGGCUGUGCUGCAGCCACCCCAGGACAGCCCAGCUGGGCCCAGCCUGGACAGCACCCUUCAACAGUUGGCCCUCCACUUGCUAGGAGGAGGCCUGAACUCAGUGGCAAGAGGUGCUUUGCCCCCAGGGCCAGCAGACACCCUAGAGAUGGUGAGUGAAGUGGAGCCGCCUGCCCAGCCUGCGGACGCUGGGGCCGCACCCAGCCCAGAGCAGCCCGUGGCCGAGGGGCUCCUGACCGCCCUGCAGCCCUUCCUGUCAGAGGCCCUGGUCAGCCAGGUUGGGGCCUGCUACCAGUUCCACGUCAUCCUACCCAGUGGCACCCAGAGCAUCUACUUCCUGGACCUCACUGCAGGGCAAGGCAGAGUAGGACAUGGGGUGCCUGAUGGCAUUCCUGACGUGGUGGUGGAGAUGACAGAGGCAGACCUGCGGGCCCUACUGUGCCGCGAGCUGCGGCCCCUGGGGGCUUAUAUGAGUGGGCGGCUGAAGGUGAAGGGCGACCUGGCUGUGGCCAUGAAGCUGGAGGCUGUUCUCAAGGCCUUGAAGUAGCACAUUUGCCUGGGGAGCAGUCAUCUACUCCUGAGCCUUGCUGAGCGGAGCAGCUUCUUAGAGGAGACGGCGCCCAUCUGGGCUAGAAGGACGCAUGUUGAGGCCUGAAGAGGGCUCAGGCCCAGCCACGAGGUCCCGAGAGGUCGAGUCAGGCUGUCCUUCGCUUUCCUUUCCAGUGGUUCUCUGGACAGACCUUUGCCCAUCCUUGCCGUCAGCCCUCGGCCGGCCGGCCGACCACAGAGUGAUGACAGGAUGGGAGCCAGGCCUGCCCAGCUGAUGACCCAGCGAGAAGCAGGGCGUGCAGAAACAACCUGGGUGCAGGGCCGGCGCUCGUGCCCCGGGCUCUCCGCUCUGCGGGGUCAGAGGGUGGGCGAGGAAGAAGCAGCAGCCCCAGGACCAGGGCGCUGCAGUGCUGGAGGAAGGACAGCCCGGAGGCCGGGGCGGGGCAGAGGCAGUGCUCCUGAAGAUGCCUGGUCUCAGGUGCCAGCUCCGGCCGCCCUGCGCGCCUGAGGAGCCGGGCGCGGGCAGCACGCAGGAGAGCCCUGCUGGUCUGUGCUCCCGCGACUAAACGUGCUCACGACUAAACGUGCUCACGUUGCGCUGAGCAGUGCGGUGUGGGCUGAGG